AUGGCAGAAAUGGGGCCUGGGGCAUCAAGAGGGGGAGCGGGGCUGGCGGCGGCGGCGGCGGCGUGCGCGGCGCGGUGCCCCGGGGAGGCGUCGCUGGAGGCCGAGCUGCUGGAGGCGUCGGGCCGGCUGCUGGUGCUGGCGCCGGGGACGCGCCGCGGGGCGGCCGAGGAGCACGUGCUGCGGCUGGGGCGGCUGCGGGCGCAGGGGCGGCUGCGCGUGCUGGGGCUGGGGCUGGCCGCGGUGGCCUACGAGGCGCCCUUCGGCGGCGACGCCGCCCUCUACGCCGCCACCUGCCGCCACCUGGCGCCCUCCUGGGCCGACCUCCCCGGCCGCCUGCUGGACGUGGGCGUCGCCGGCCGCUGGUGGCUGCUGAGCGCCAGGAUGCGCGACUGGGACGUCAACCCCGAGGAGUUCCGCGCCCUCCCCGGCCGCCUCCGCCGGGUCUCCUUCCACGACCUCCACUCGGCCCGCAACGAGCGCCUCUUCGACCAGAAGUACCGGCCCGUGGUCCUGCGGCAGGAGGACGUCGAGCGGGAGGAGGGGGGCCGGGGGGCCGGGCCCGCCCCGCCUGACCCCCAGCAGCGCGCCCGAGCGGCCAGUCAAUAAACGGGGGAAAUCUCCCGGUGCGGAGA